AUGAUCUGUAAACUGCAUCUGUGUAUUGCUGUACUUCUCACCGUCCUGGAGGUGAUGCUCGGACAUCCGGUCGUGCAGACAGGGGACAUGACCUACGGCAGGCCAGUUCUUGUAGAAGACGAUCAGCUGGUCAGUCCAGAAGAUCUGAGUUACUCAGAGCAAGCGUUUUUGUCCCAGGGCUCUGCAGGAUUCGGCUACCCGUCCAUCAUCACAGGAGACCUCAGCCGCGACAGUAUCAGAACAGCUGGAUUUGUUCCCGGCCAAGCUCUGAAAGAAGUUCUGCUGGAGAAGCCGCUGAUGAAUCCUCUCAGUCGUUUCCUGGGCGGCAGGAAGCAAUACCACAAGAGAGGAAGCAAUACAGAGUGUUUCUGGAAAUACUGCGUGUGA